UUUCCGGACAUCCCAUCGUUAUGUGUGAAAUUUUCUAUGAGUUUUGGACCCGACUGGAAGCAUGUAGCUGGUGCCAUCGAAGGACUAUCAGCUACAUGCUUUAAAGGAGAUUCACAUCAUUUUGUUCCUGAUCUUCCUAUCACGGCCACAUUCUCAAGCACAAACCCGUAUAGAUGGCCGCAAUUAGUUUUCUCGUGUUAUGGACACGAUUUCUUGGGCCAUGAUGUGAUUCGAGGUUACGGUGCCCUGCCCAUACCUACCAUUGCAGGAACGUAA